AUGUUUCUAAUGUUCGAGGAGAAUUGCAGGUGAUCAGUCAAUCAACAGUUGGAGGCGUGGCAGUCCAGCGUACUUUUAUUUCAUUCCGCGUCAGGUGCUCAUGUCAUACACUGCAGCUCAGUCUGGCCGGGAGCUCACCAUACAGAAACUCAAGCCUGAGAUCCCCUUGCCUCCGCUUCCCGAGUGCUGGGAUGACAGACGCGCGCCAGCACAUCCAGCUUGAGUUUGGUCUUUCUUUCACAAGACCAAUAGCGACAGAUUGAUCUGGCACAACUUUGUCAACAAUUUACGUAGCUGACAUGAUGGGCAGAGGACAAAUGCCUGGGAAAUGCGAAACUACCCAUAGAAGGUAUGAGAGAAGAGAUGACAAACGUUGGCAACAGAAAUAGAAACUGAAACCACAGAAACUCAAAAACCUACCAUUAGGAAAAACAAAGUUUCACAGCAGUCCCAGGGGUGGCUGCUCCAGGUGCUUUCCAGAGGCGGGAGGCGAGGCGGCAGGGAGCACCCACAGGAAGACUGUCCACAGAACACACUGGAGCCGUUUUCUCUGGGUGAGCUUAGAGAGGUACCCGUCGGAUCCAGGUUUGCCUUCAAGUAACGCAGGCAAGGCCUGGAGAUUGCCAUGACUGAAACGGCAGGGCCUUCCCGAGGCGCGGGCCUUAGCCUGUCUCUCAGGGAUGAUGACUCUUCUUGCUCUUCACUUAAGUUGAAGAAACACUGUGCACUUUAAUCUCCUGUCUGUGACAUUGGGCCAACUGAAGACAGGGUUUUGAAAUCUCAGCUAUAAAGAUAUCCUGCCAAAGUCUCAAUCUUGCCUUAACAAUGUUUCAGAGACUGAAUAAAAUGUUUGUAGGCGAAGUCACUACUUCUUCCAGCCAAGAACCAGAAUUUAGUGAGAAAGAAGAUGAUGAGUGGAUUCUUGUUGACUUCAUAGAUACCUGCAACGAUUUCUCAGCAGAGGAAGAAGAAGAAGAUGAAGAUAUUGGUGAAGAGUCCUCAGCAGAGCACACUUCUGUCUUCUCCUGUUUACCUGCAUCUUUGGAAUGCUUGGCUGACACCAGUGAUUCCUGCUUCCUUCAGUUUGAAUCCUGUCCAAUGGAGGAGAGCUGGUUUAUUACUCCUCCCCCAUGUUUUACAGCAGGUGGAUUAACCACUAUCAAAGUGGAAACAAGUCCUAUGGAAAACCUUCUCAUUGAACAUCCCAGCAUGUCUGUCUAUGCUGUGCACAACUCCUGUCCUGGUCUCAGUGAGGCCAGCUGUGGGAAUGAUGAAUAUAACUCAGGCGGUCCCAGAAUGGAAGCCCAGAGUGAAAUGGGGAAGCACAUUCACUGCUGUGUUGCAGCGCUUGCUGCUCAGGCAACAUUUUUGGAACAGCCCAAGAGUUUUCGCCCUUCCCAGUGGAUAAAAGGACACAGUGAAAGACAGUCUCUGAACAGAAAUGGCCUCCGUCGCCAGAACCUUACCAGGGAUUGCCACACUCGACAAAUGAAGCACAGUGGCUGGGUGGUUCACCAGCCCUGCCCACGCCAGUACAAUUACUGAGAACGUUGAGUUAUGGUGGUUGGUUUCCUUAGGUUUUGUGCAUAUGUAUUGGAUGUAUGUGCGUACAAUGAAAGUGCUGUCUCCUUCCAGCCAACUACAGACCAAUCACCUAGUGUAUCAGUGUGUUUAGACACUAUCACAACCAGAUUUGUGUGCUGUGUAUCACAUAAUGCCUUGCUCCUGACAAUUACUUUUAAAAAACCUUUUCAGAGUACUUUUGGAAACAUAUCAAUACAGUGACAGUGUUUGGGUUGUCUUUAAGUACAGUAAGGUAUAUGUAUGAGUUAGCAUCUUAAGGACAUUUCUUACCCCAAGUGUAAGAAUAGGCAUCUUUUCAAUUUCCUUUAUUUUGUAUUAUUUAAUCUUUUGUGUAAGCAAAAACUUACUCUCAGGGUCAGCCAUAUACUUUAUUGACCAGUACUUGAUAGUCUUUUCUGUAUAUAAUGAGUACAUUUUUACACUAAUAUGAGCAUUAACAGGUGAUUUUUUGCCAUGGAUAUAAUGGAAUUAAUGGCUGAACUUACUUUUGAAAGAAAACUUGACAUAUGUAUGGUUCUUUUCCCCCAGAUUAGUCAUUGCAGUUCAUUGUGGAAUUCAGGUACAUUAACUUUGGUGAACAACAUAUUCAGUAACUCUGAUGUGACUCCACGAUAUGGUACAAAUACUACAGAUGUCGUGGACAAAAGCACUUGUUGCAUAUGCAAAGGGAAAAAUUAGACCCAUGAGAUGAUAUCUGGAAUCUGUUUGUAGAUAACCCACAGAGCAGUCGGUUUUUGGAGAUGUCUAGAUUCAUAACUGCCAGCUCACCUGAAAAUGCACAAGUGUGUGCCCAGGCACUCAGUGACUUUAUGUUUGUGUCUGCUAUAAGAAAGAGACACAGUGGUGACUCCUCAGACAUGGAGCCCGUCCUCUCAAGGGAUUUCUGGUGGCAUCUGUUAGCACCUAAGUGAAGACUGAUGGGUUGGUUUCCACAAGCUUUCAUUUUUUAACUUCACAAUAUCUUUAACCACUUUGGCCUCUGUUUCCUCCACAGCAGGGGAGUAAUAAUACUUACCUCCCUCACAAAGUUGUGAGGACUAUAUACUGGUUGGAAGUGGGGCUGUCAGAAUUGAACUCUGUGAACUUCCAGGGUCUUUCUACUGAACCUAGUUGUGGAAGGCCAUGAUUAUCCUUCAGGGUUGGUGCUAAGGAGGCUAGAGUGCAGGGUUCCACUCAUAUAUAGCAGUUAACAUGGUGUAGAGAAAGUCCAUUUCUUACCUCUAUCUGGUCAGCUAUUUUUAAGAGCAGUUUUUGAUGGAUUUUUGAUGAGCCAUCCAUACUUGUAACUAACUUUCUGGAAGACUAAACCCAUUUACAGCUUGAAGCACAUUCUAGUAAGGACAACACCAUUGCCUGCAUAUACAAACUGCUCAUUUCCCUAGCCCCUCUGCAUAACUAAACAUUUGUUUAUGAAAUAAUUUCAAGGAAAAACAAAACAUACUGUUAUGUGAAGUAUUACCCCUGAAGCAGCUUGAUGCAGGGACCCUGGGAGACUUUCAGGGAAGGUACAAUGCUCUCCGCAGAUGAGGCUGGGUUUCAGAGCUGCAGUUAGAUGGGGAAGGGUGUUAACACUGGCUGUGAUUAGGUGCCAGGAUGUCUCCAUAUAACAGGAAUGUAGACUAAUUUUUUCCUUAGGCCUUUUCCAUAUUGACUUCUCCUUUUAUUUAUUUGUUUUCUAAUUAAGGGGUCACGUCUGUAGAGUUUGUUAAACUGAGAAGUUGUUACUAUUUGUUUUCAUGGAGGUGUACAUAUUUUAUACUGCAGCUCUUAUAGGGUCAUAUGUUGGUAACUUGAAAUAGAACAGCUAAGUGUCUUCUGGAUAGAGGUUCUGAAUAUAUGUAGUUUCCCUAUUCCCUUACAUCACAUGUAAGCUGUGUCUCACAAACUGAGAGCUCAGCCAUCAGAAUUUGUUUGGCCAGCAUGAAUUGGUUUGUGUAUUAAAUUACACUUUUUUUGUUUUUUGCUUUUUUAACACUUUCCCACCACACGUAUUUAUCCCUUAAGCACACUUAUAUCUCUGUCACUUACUGACUUUUCAUUUGCUUUGUCUGUGCUUAGUGUUUUGUUCCUGAAAACCAGCAAACAAAUCAAUUAUUGGGAUUUUUUUCUUUGGGGUUAAGAUUACCACACCACCUAUAGUUAAGUAGGUAGCACACUGUGGUUUUUGUGUAAGAACCUGAAGUUUAUGUCUAAAAUCUAAACUUGGCACUUAAAAGAACUUAAGAAAAAGGUUACAUACAUAACUCAAUUGAAGUUCUUAGUCAUUAGGUGUUUUGUUAGGCAACUAUUGUGUGUUAGAUACAAAUCUAAUAACACAGAACAAUAUUAACCUGUUAGACAUUUUUUGAAACAUGGCCAAAAAUACAUUUUUUGAGUUGAUUAUACUCAUUAUUAUCAUCACCAUCAUUUUGCUGUUAUACCUACUAGUGGUUUACAGUGUUCUCCAAAGCAGUGAAAGUACAAGUAGUAAGAAGACCCCAAGAGUUGAGGAUGUAGCUUAGUGGUAAAGGAUUUGCCUAGCAUAUGCAAGGUCCUGAGGUCCAUCCCCAGCACUGUAAGACAAAAACAAAACAAAACAAGCUAGACUCCGGAAUUUAGUAACACUGACCAUUUCCUAACCGAUAUUGUUUGCAAAGUCUGGACUACAUUGUAUGCAUCGGCCAUAUAUCUAGAGUCUUAUUUUUUAGCUUUUAUAGUAGACCCCUCAUUCCCCAAAGUUUGUGUUUUAUGUUAAACAUUUUAGAAUGUGUAUUCUGUUAAUUACUAUUUCCUGGGUUUUCUUCUGUACUGUAUAUAGGUACUCAAAGCUCGCCAUACUUAUCUUUUGUGACAGUUUGUAUUUGUAUGGGUGUAUAGGUGGGGAAGUUUUACAGAGAUGAAAAAGAUUAGAUUUUACUUCCCACUGCAGGAAGUUCAAAACAAAACAGAACAUUACCUUUCUGUAUAUUUUUCUAGUUCCCAUGCAAAUUAUUGUUUUAUUAGUUCUCUGGUUUUAGCAAAAAGAGUGUUUACUUAAAACUCGUGAUGGCCCAUAUGCCUGGCUGUCGUUUUUUCUUCUCUAAUCUGUACAGGUUUACAGUCUUCGCUUUUGUUAAAGUCUGAAUUGCUUUGCUAUUUUGCUCCGUCUUCACAGAGGCAUUCAGUCUCUGUCUACUCUUGAAAGAAGCAGCAGCACGGGAGGAUAUUUUCUUUAUCCUUAUUUUCUUUGCGUUGGAAACAAAAGUACAUAUGAAGGACUACAACUAGAAGAUAGACAUUUAAAUGCAUUGAAAUAGACUAGUGGAAAAAAGUUUUUACCUUUUUCUUUCUGUUUUAGAGACAGUUAAAAGACUGCUCCUUGUACUGGGAGAUACUAGUGUAUACUUCUAUUGUUGCCUUGAAAUUAUCUUUUUAUUUUUUAAGGCCUAUAGAUAUUAUUACCUUUAAAUUCUUUAAAGUAAGGUAGUUUCAUGCCAUAAGCCUCUGUUGUAUUAUAAAUGGCAACCCUACCUUCUUAUUCUGUUAAAAUUGUACAUGAAUGCCGAUUUUACAAACUUACAUAUAAGACAGUGUUGUCUGCUUUGUCAUAGGCCAGUUUCUCUUGAAAUGUGACACCAAUUCAAGUGGCUUAGGUGCAAAGAGAUACCAAGUAUAGAUGCAGAAAGGCAGGAAUAGGUGCAGAGGCAACAGUAUCCUUUAUGUGGAAGAGAAGUUACUAUUCAGAGGAAGGCAGCUUAAAUGGAUGAUGUUCUGUGUAUCAUUGAUAAGUUUCCUUGUGAUACUGAAAAAUGUUUCUAAUUGUUAAACGCCCAGUUUGGCUUCGUACUUGCCUGAUGUUUUAGUAUUGUUUUCUAGAUGGACUUGUAAAAAGCCAAACAGUGCUUGGUGAGGUUAGAGGUGUGUAUUUGGGAGCCUCAGGUGUGUGUGUGUGUGUGUGGUUUUGUUUUCCUCCAGAAGUUUUGAACUUUAGUCAAUAACUGUGUGUGUUAUUUUAAAGAAGUGGCUUUAUCUUUACUCUAGUAAAAUUGUGAACACAUCUGCCUUCUGAAGGCAGGAUAUGAGCUAUGGAUUCUGAAAAGUAUUGUAGGUUGUACUAUGUGCCUUUUUAAUGUGUUUAUGGGCACAAUAUUUUCUCUCAUCAACUUGAAAUUUAAAAGGGACAUUUUGGUUAGAUUGUAUACUGUACAUCAAUCUAUGCAUAAAUGGCAGCUUGUUCUCUUGAGCCACUAUCUGUUUUUCUUUUUUUAUAUACAUUUUUUAUACUGAUUGGGGUCAGAGAUGGUCAGUUUUAUACAGAAUGAACAGCACAGCACUUUGCCAAAAAACAAAAACAAAACAAAACAAAAAAAAAACCUGUAGCAUUGCUUAAACAUUGUGUAUUAACAACAGUUCUUUGUAAUGGGCUCAGUAGUGCAUUUUGCACUUCCCAGAGUUACAGUUUUUUAAUCUGUCAGUAAAUAAAAUGUCCUUUAACUUAA